AAAACUCACCAACUCAUCCACAGUGGAGUUAAACCUUACAGCUGUGACUUGUGUGGAAAGUCUUUUACCGAGUCUGGAAACUUAAAAACACACCAACUCAUCCACAGUGGAGUUAAACCUUACAGCUGUGAUUUGUGUGGAAAGUCUUUUACCCAGGCUGGACACUUAAAAAGACACCAACUCAUCCACAGUGGAGUUAAAGCAUACAGCUGUGAUUUGUGUGGAAAGUCUUUUACCCAGGCUGGGCACUUAAAAAAACACCAACUCAUCCACAGUGGAGUUAAAGCAUACAGCUGUGAUUUGUGUGGAAAGCCUUUUACCGAGGCUGGAAGUUUAAAAAAACACCAACUCAUCCACAGUGGAGUUAAACCUUACAGCUGUGAUUUGUGUGGAAAGACUUUUACCCAGGCUGGAGGUUUAAAAAAACACCAACUCAUCCACAGUGGAGUUAAACCUUACAGCUAUGAUUUAUGUGGAAAGUCAUUUACCAAGGCUGGAGGUUUAAAAAAACACCAACUCAUCCACAGUGGAGUUAAAGCGUACAGCUGUGAUUUGUGUGGAAAGUCUUUUACCGAGGCUAGAGGUUUAGAACAACACCAACUAAUCCACAGUGGAGUUAAACCUUACAGCUGUGACUUGUGUGGAAAGUCUUUUACCCUGGCUGGAGGCUUAAAAAGACACCAACUCAUCCACAGUGGAGUUAAACCUUACAGCUGUGAUUUGUGUGGAAAGUCCUUUACCCAAGCUGGAUGCUUAAAAAAACACCAACUCUUCCACAGUGGAGUUAAAGCGUACAGCUGUGAUUUGUGUGGAAAGUCUUUUACCGAGGCUGGAGGUUUAAAAAAACACCAACUCUUCCACAGUGGAGUU